UUUCAUGACACAGGACAUUGAAGGGGGAAUAAGAGAAGGAGCUGAGAUAUGGAACCAACGGGGAUCCGUACUUACGUCAGCUGAUGGAAAUUCUCAGAGUGGCAAGAUGGCUACGGAACCAAAUAAGACUGAGAUCCUUACCAUUUUCAAAAGAUUAAGAUCUAUUCCUACAAAUAAGGUAUGUUUUGACUGUGCAGCUAAAAACCCUAGCUGGGCCAGUAUCCCCUAUGGUGUGUUUUUAUGCAUUGACUGCUCUGGCAUCCAUCGCUCCCUGGGAGUGCAUCUCAGCUUUAUCAGGUCCACUGAGUUAGACUCCAACUGGAACUGGUUUCAGCUAAGAUGUAUGCAGGUUGGAGGCAAUGCCAACGCGAUGGCAUUCUUCCGCCAGCAUGGCUGCUCCACAAAUGACACCAACGCCAAGUAUAACAGUCGUGCAGCCCAGUUGUACCGUGAGAAGAUUCGGCAGCAAGCUAAUGCUGCAUUGUCCAAAUAUGGCACAGAUUUAUGGAUUGACUCUUCUGCAGGAACCACACCUUCAGCUCCUGAGAAGAAAGAGACAGACUUCUUUGCAGAACAUACCCAGGCUGCUAAUGACUGGUGCAUGGCGCCGCCCUCCGAGCCAGAGCUGAAUGGAGCCGCCGUCACCUCGCAGCUGACGGACACAACGGCCAAAGUCCAGGAUGACAACCAUCCGGAGGAAGGACCCAGCAUCGAAGGGCUGAGCACGUCGCCCAAAGCCUCAAUCGAUGUGAGACCUUCCAUUAUUGGGAAAAAGAAGCCCAUGGCUGCCAAAAAAGGGCUCGGUGCAAAGAAAGGUCUUGGUGCCCAGAAGGUGAGCAGUAAGAGUUUCACGGAGGUGGAGAAGCAGGCACAAGUGGCAGAGAAGUUGAGAGAGGAGCAGGCUGUGGAGGUGAAGAAAAGUGCAGAGGAGUCCAUCGUGGCUUCAAUGCGUUUGGCCUACAAAGAGCUGGAGAUUGACAGGAAGAUGGAGGAAAAGAAGAUUAAGACCCUGGAGGGCAAGAAGAGAGAGCAGGCGGAGAGACUGGGCAUGGGCUUCGGCAACAGGAGUGCUGUGUCUCACUCGGUGAUGUCAGAGAUGCAGGUGAUUGAGCAGGAGACUCCAGUGGGGGCCAAGUCCUCCUCUCGCUCUAAACUGGACAUGUUUGAUGAGCCGGGCUUCACCUCCGGACCCCCAAAAUAUAAGGACAACCCGUUUACAGUGGGAGACAGUUUUGGAUCGCGGUGGGAUACAGAGGGAGGGACCGCAUCCUUCACCACCUCUUGGGCUCUGGAGAAAGAUGACCCCAAAGAGGAGGUCACCAUCUCUAGUAUUCAGCCAAUCGGAGAGAGACUUCCCAGCAGGAGGAAAGCGGAGGUGUCCGCUCCGGUGUCGGAGUCGAGUGAGGCCCGUAAUAAAUUUGCAAACGCAAAGGCCAUCUCUUCCGACAUGUUCUUCGGCCGGGAGAGCAGUGCAGAGUAUGAUGCCAAGACCAGACUGGACACCAUGUCUGGGAGCACCUCCAUCAGUUCAGCUGACCUGUUCGGAGAGGGCAAUGACCAUAAAGGGAGGGCAGCAGGCUACGACAGUGUGCUCCCUGCCGGCCCGGACAUUGCUCAGUUCAAACAGGGCGUGAAGACCGUCGCAGGCAAGAUGGCCGUCCUGGCCAACGGUGUCAUGAAUACGAUCCAGGAUCGCUACGGCUCAUACUGAUCCGCCCUGAGGUUUGAGCACCAAGCUGUGGGAAGACAUACCAACCUGUGAAGAGCCCCCCCCCUCACCUCCUGACUGACACGUGCAUUUGGGCGGAGUAAAUGGGACAAUAGAGAGACCGGAAGCAGAAAGGAUUGCAUGGGGAUAAUAAAUCAUCCUUUUCUCCCGUUCUCUUCUAGAGACAUUUUUUACAGGAGUGGGACCGUAUUUUCUUCUCUCAUUCUCAUAAGCUUGAGUUUUAUUUUCGUAAGGAAGACCAUCGAAGGGUGUAGUUUUUUCUAAACCGAGAGUUAUGUUGUAAUUUAAUGUUGUUUUUGGUCUUAGUUUUCAAAAUGACGUCAGAGUUCAUUCUUAAUGAUUUUAUUCCUUCUACAAAAAUCAAAGUGUUGCUUUUGAUUUAUAUUAUCGAAUACGUCGCGCUUAUUUCUUUUCUUUUAAUGUAACAUUAAUACACAAGUGCAGUAUAUAACUCAAGCCGUCAGCGUUCAUUUGAACAGAAAUCCACAAUGUGUGCAUUCAGUGUUUGAUUUACUUACAGUACAGUUUAUCCACGUUUUUUUUUUAUUCAUACACAAAGCACUGAAUAAAAAUGUCUUGUCAAUUUUAGACGGUUUGUUUAGACAGCUUGGAAUUAUGCAUUUCUGUUUGGGUGAGAGUAUAUAUUGUGAAACAGUGGAGCAUCCCAUAUUUAAUGUCCUGGUUGCUAUUGGUCUACACUGUGGAACCCGGAACUGUUGGGUACCCAAUGUUCUAUGUUGGAAAUGUAUAUUCUGGCUCCCCAGCAUUCAGAAACUGUCAGAUCACCUGCAUAUGUUGGGCAAUUUGCAUAAGUUGCAAUAAUUACAUUCAUUGGGGAACAGGUUAUCUGAUUGGACAUGGCAUAAGUUGUGUAGGGACCUCAAAAUGAUUAACUCCACUGUGGACAAUAUUGGACAAAAUGGAUUCAGCAUCUUCAAUAACCCCCAAAUCGCUCCAAUAUCAGCCAAGCCCUUUUUGACUAUGGUCCAUAUAGGCUAUAAUAAUUUGAUCCUGAAUCUUAAAUCUCUUAUGGUAAUUGCCAACAUUCUAACUUCUGGGGACCCUUACUAUACAGUUCUAACAUAAACCUUUAGGAUACUCCGCAGUUACGGGAUCACAACAGGACUCUAUGAUAAGAAGACUAUAUGGUUAUUUAUUAUCUAUACUUGUAAUGCCCCGAGACCAAUACAUCAAGUUUCAACAAACCUAAGAGACCCAAUCAGUAAUGGUACAAACAAAAUGUAUGUAGAUCAAAUGUAAAGUCAUGAAACACUGAUGUAGUUUUGACGACGCAUUAUCAUUUUAAGACCCGGAACUUGUUUAACUUGUACUAGUUGAACCAGAAGUCUGCCCCAAUGUCCCUCAGCUCUGAAACAGUCAGACAUUUCUGCCUUCUUCUCUGUUCAACCUUUUAUUUUGAAAGGCUGACGUCUUGUACAUUAGCUGUUCCGUUUUGGACCUAUGAAUAAUUAAAAAAUGCAUUUGACAUUCAGGAUGUCGAGACAAAAUGAUGCCUUUUUUUUGCCAUUAUAAAAAAUAUUUGAAAGCAGCAGCAUCUUCAACCUUCUUCUCCCCCGGCAGGCAGACUUGACAUUCAACAAGUUAUUAAAAGAACUGAGGAACCAGUUGGAAAUGCUCUUUGGUGGAUCAGAGUGUCAUAUCUUUCCUAGCGUGGCCAUGCUUGUGUACGUUCCGACCCGUGAUGAGACUCCCAAAAAGUAACAAAUGUGGACUGAAAGGAUGAAACAUUCAACUAUUUAUUUGUAGACUACAAAAUAUAACGUAUUCAGUAUGUUAAUAAAGAUUUAAAACAUC